UAUAUUGGCAAAGCACAGCAAAGCACCUAAACUACAUCUGUGUUCCUCCCACAAUGAAGCUGCUGGGCCUGAUCGAGCUUAGUCUCAUACUGAUUCUGACCUCACAAGGUCAAAGCUGGAAUAUUACGGUCACUAGAUACAUUAAUGCACAAUGGGGCUCAGAGGUGACCAUACCAUGUGUGUUUACUUAUCCGGCCAAACACCACACUGAAAAUGUUCAAGUUUACUGGAAAAAGCCUGGGAGAAGUAACUUUGUUACUGGUGACAAGGAUGUAAACUCGUUUGUUUUUCACCCAAAUGACACAUAUGUGCUUGAGAAGUACAGAAGAAAGACCAUGCUCAUCGGAAAUAAAAAUAAUGGAAACUGCUCCCUCCGGAUCCUAAACGUCACAGAUAAUGAACCAGAACUCUAUAUGAGACUUAUUGGAAAGGGUGAAAAGUACAGUUUCCGCAAGGAUUUUGUCUCUCUUUUUGUGUAUGAUGUUACACCAGCCACUUUUAACCCAGAAAUUGCAAGGCACCCAUUUCACACCACUGAAUCCAUGAGCACAGCUGUGAUCGACAACAAAACAACAUCAAUGUAUAUGACCAUUUUUGUACCAGUUUCUGCACUUCUGAUCAUUGUUCUCACCAUUGGAACUUUCUGUUGCAUAAAACACAAAAGGUCACAGUCUUUGACCAGGGAGGGAUCUGGAUAUUAUGCUAAUUGCAGCAGAGCAUCAGCAAAUCAAGCUAAAAGUGAGGCAUCUUCCACAAAACAUGAAACCAAGAAACUUCCUAACCCGAAGAAGGCCACUGAUGAACCUGUCUAUGCCAACAUUGCGGCCACUGCAGGUCAAGUGGAUCAAAGUGUGGAUCACACAGAUAAUAUAUAUGUAAAUUUGACAUAUUGAAAAAUUGUACAAAAACUGCAUCUUACAACUCUCUAUGGAUUUUAACGCAGUCUUUGUAAUCUGCAUUAUUUUGUGCACAUGUUCAUGUCUAUGUACAAACAUGUGGUAUGGGUUGUGGGAUGCAUGGCAGCUAGAUUGUCUUUUUAAAGAAGAAAGGAUGCGCAACAUCCUCCAAGUGAUUUUAUCAGAUUAAAAUGUCAUUGUGGAGCAGAAGACAGCAGAGUCACAAUUAUUCUGCAUUUACUGGCAUAUGGUUGCAAAAUUUAUGAGGAAUCAGCCAGGAAUGGCUUGUAAAACAUGAACUUGUUUAGUUUAUAAAACUUUUAGAGGUAUGAUGAAUUUUUGAGCUGUAGCGAUUGUGGGCAUGUCCAUAAGCCAAUUGCCAAGUUGCGGCUGUCUUAAAAUCACUUUUUUUUUUUUACCUAAGGCAGUUGGCCAAAGUAAAGUCAUCGGUUUCUAGACGGCACUUUGAGACACUUAUUCAUGCUUUUAUCACCACCCGAUUGGAUUACUGCAAUGCAUUGUAUCUGGGGAUUAGCGAGUCUUCUAUUACUUGCCUCCAGAUGGCCCAAAAUGCUGCAGCCCGCCUUUUAACAGGUAUGAGUAAAUAAGAGCACAUUUCUCCAGUUUUGGCUUCCUUGCACUGGUUACCUGUUUAUUUUAGGUUCCACUAUAAAAUUGUAUUAUUAGUUUUUAAAUCCCUUCAUGGCUUUGCACCUUCUUAUUUAUCUUUCUUCUUUGAGGCCAGCUAAUCAGUUUCUUUUGAGUGUGCCCAGAACAAAGUGCAAGCUUAGAGGUGAUAGAGCUUUUGCGGCUGCUGCUCCCAAAUUAUGGAAUGAUUUACCGCUGCCCAUCAGACAAGCCUCUUCUUUGCUGUUUUUAAGUCCUUUUUGAAAAACUUAUUUAUUCUCGUUGGCUUUUUGAUUUUAUACUGGUGUUGAUUUUAUCUGUAGUUGUAAGUAAUGUUUAUUCUUAAUGUAUAUUGUUAUUUACAUUGUACCACACUUUGGUCCAAUUUGGCUGUUUUUAGUGCUUUAUAAAUGAAGUUGGAAUGGGAGUGUAAGCCUUACAGCAGUAUAUAUAGUGCUGGGGUUUUCAACUAACUGUGGCCCAGUGACCACCACCAUGACUAAGAAGUAACAUGAGGAAGGUGGAUAGACUGGAUGGGCACUAUUUUUAUCAUGAAAGUUGCCUUGUCUUUUCUAAAUGUUAUAUACAGUGCCUUGCGAAAG